AAAUAAAUUCACACUCAAACCCUCCACAUGAAUCUAAUAAAACUCACCUACCUACCACCUUCCACUGCCAUUGCCUUCACGGGUGUUCAUUUCUCCCCCCUCCUUUUUCUCUUCAACCUCCCCUCAUCCCAUCCUCACAUUCAUCACUCCCUUGGAUACAAGGACUCUUCUCCUUUCACAAAACCAUACUACACUUCAUAAUUUCUCAAUUCCCUUCAAACAUAUCCACAUACACAACAACAAACCAUAACAAAACAAGAAUCUUCUACAUUGUACACACAAAUAUGGUAUUAUUAAGGUUCUCUUUGAACAUAUAAAAAAAUCUUCUUCACAAACCACUUCAAGUUCAAUCUUUUCCUAAAAAACCAUUCCAAAUCUAUUUCACCUAUUAGACCAAAUUUCACUUCUCAACUCACGCUGAAAGUACCGAGUGUAACUUAAGUCAGAGAUGCUAAACCAACCCAACUCAGAAAACUCAUCCACCAAUCCAUUGAAUCAACUAGCACAAAACAUGUCCUCCGACAACUACAUCAUGCUUGCAGCAAUCAUUUCUCUCCUCCUAGUAAUCAUCUUUGUCCUCCUUCUUCACCUCUACGCCAAAUGGUUCCUAGCUCAAUCCAAUCCUCGCAGUCCGGUGAACCUCUCCGACAUUCCAAUAUCUCCCAACUUCCACCACCAUUUCAACAUCCAAUCCCCACCAUUUAAAGGACUCAACUCAACAACACUUUCAACCAUUCCCACGUUUGUGUCUGAAGAAAAAACACAAGAACUAGAAUGUGUGAUUUGUUUGAGUUACAUUGAAGAAGGAGAGAUUGGAAGAAAGUUACCAAAAUGUGGACAUGCUUUUCAUGUUGAAUGUAUUGAUAUGUGGCUGAAUUCACAUUGUAACUGUCCCAUUUGUAGAGGUUUGAUUGUUGAGGAAGAUUCUCAUGGUGGUAAUGUUGUUGAGAUUGUGAUUGAUACUCCAAGUUAUAGUGAGAGUGGUUCUGUUUCUGUUUCAGAAACUAGUUCUUUAUCUUUGUUUGGAUUUUCUUUCAAGAGAAUUCUUAGCAAAGUUUUUCUUUCUUCACAUGUAAAUGAAUUAGAUAAUGGUUCACAAUGAUAUUAUUUA